AUGUAUGUUUUUACAUCACGACGACUGGAAGCAACUGGUGAGCUGUUGGAAAGCUACCACCAUGACACAGCCACAAACCUGCUCUACCUGUCAAUAAGGUGCUCUUCCAGGUCAUCCGUUACAGCGACGGCAAACACUGCUUCAUUUCAGGAGUCAACCGCUGCAGCCAGCAACGCUGAGGCAUCCUCGUCGAACUCUUCUCCGAUUCCCAAUUACGACGAUGUAGUGAUCCCGGCACCCCGCACCACCACUAAACUAUCUACUGGAACAUCGUCGGCUACACCUGACACCAAAUAUGAGGAGAUGUGUCUUCUCCCCAGCAAGAUUACAGAUGCAGCCGUUGAAUGUUCAGCUGACAAUGACAUUAAGUGCCUACAAGAUAUCUGUCUAGCCAAUGAUGCUGGAGAGGAUUCGGAAACGCUCCCUGAAACCACCAGCGCCACCACACCCAAAUCCACCAAUGCCCGCACCACAACCACCAAUACCACCAUACCCGUCACCACUCCAAACACUGACCCAAGUGUUUCCUUAACUACAACAAGCACAACCACUCCUGUGUUCCGGUCGGAGGAAGAAGCUCCAAUGGCAUCGAUACCGGCAGCUGGCCAAGGAACUGUAUACGCGGAAGUCAUUUUCCCCAAAAAGUCGUGUAAUGGCUGUGAUUUGGUCAACAUCCUUAAAACCGUGUAA